CAUCGUUGUGGCUGCUCUCAACAAACUCGACUAUGUCAGAAUCAAUACAGCAAUUGGUCUUGAACACUCUCGACAAAGAGGGCGAAAUUGCCGAUACCAGGUCUUUGGUCCUCCCUGGUGAAUCUGUGGCGGCGACCUCCCAUGAUGCCCAGAUAACCAUCCUCGGCGCUCUCAACUCGUUACUAAGUCGGGAGAUGAUUAACUAUGAAACCAAUGAAACCAUUUCCCAUGUCUUGACUCCGGAAGGUCUGCAGCUGGCCGAAAGUGGCUCCCAUGAAGCCCGUGUAUGGUCGGCGCUUCCUUUGAAGGGAGAGGGCGAGCCCGUCGCACCAGCAGAAUUGAAGAAGAAAGUUGGGGACGAAACUGCGAAAGUUGGUCAAGGUCGAGCUUUCAAAAAUGGCUGGAUUGGGAAGGAUGGUGCAGGGCUUGUGAAAUUAGUCCCAGAAAUCAAGGACGCGACCCAGCUCGAUUUGAAGGAAAUUCAAGAAACUGGAACACUUAAAACAGAGGCAAUUCUUGCUGACCUUCGAAAGCGGAAACUCAUUACCCAAAGGAAAGGCCAAUGGUUCAAGGUGUCCAAGGGCCCAAAUUUCAGUACCUCGACGGCCAAGCCAGAAACUGAUCUGACGGUUGAAAUGUUGACCAGUGGCUCAUGGAAAACGUCGACAUACAAGAAGUAUAACUUCGAAGCAGAAGGUAUCCCCACCAGCGGCGGCGCAUUGCACCCUCUCCUCAAAGUGCGAGAAGAAAUCCGCAACAUCUUCUUAGAAAUGGGUUUCGCGGAGAUGCCAACACAAUCUUUCGUCGAAUCAGGCUUCUGGUGCUUCGACGCCUUGUUCGUACCUCAGCAACACCCAGCUCGUGAUCUUCAAGAUACUUUCUACUUGUCUGAUCCAAGCCAUUCACUUCCUCCCGAGCCCGAAUACUACAAGCGUGUAUCGACCGUCCACGAACACGGCGGAUUUGGUUCAGCUGGUUAUCGUGCACCCUGGCAGCCUGAGGAAUCAACGAAACUCCUCCUUCGAACUCACACCACCGCCUCAUCCGCCCACAUGCUCUACAAGCUUGCUGCCAAGUGCAGAGGCGAGAGCAUCGAUGGCGAUGAUAAAGAAUUUGUGCACGGCGCCGCAGCAACUGACAAGGCGAACGAAAGCCUCAACAAGAGGGAGGACGGUUUUCGACCCGCUAAAUUGUUCAGUAUCGAUCGUGUCUUCCGAAACGAGACCAUGGAUGCUACCCACCUCGCCGAGUUCCAUCAGGUGGAGGGCGUUGUAGCGGAUCGCGAUCUGACUCUUGCAGAUUUGAUUGGUUUCAUGAGGGUGUUCUUUAGCAAGAUGGGGAUCGAACAGGUCCGAUUCAAGCCUGCCUAUAACCCCUACACCGAGCCGUCACUAGAGAUUUUCGCCUUCCACCCACUGCUUAACAAAUGGGUCGAGGUGGGCAACAGCGGGAUGUUCAGACCUGAGAUGUUAGAACCUAUGGGCUUCCCUAAGGACGUCCGGGUUCACGGCUGGGGUCUCAGCUUGGAACGACCAACGAUGAUUCGCUAUGGAAUCAACAACAUCAGAACCCUGGUAGGACACAAGACAUCGAUAGACAACAUCGAAAAUUCUCCGGCGGUCAUGUUCUGAAGGUAGAUAUAAUGGAUACCGGUAUGUCCGUACGACUAGAAGAAUGAAAUAAGGAAACUCGAAUCAGAAAGAGAAUACAG